AUUUCCAAUUUCAAUUGACCAGGAGCCAAGAUUUCCACCUUUUCACUGACAACAUCUAGAAUGUAGUGGAUUCUAUAUUCCCGUCUCAGACAGCUUAAAAGAACUUCUCAUACAGCAUAUUGGCGUUUUGAUUCGGGUGUUGAUAAGAAUUGCUAAGGUUGGAGUCAUCUUUUUCGUUUCUCUUGGUUUCUAAAAUGGAACCACUUGUGGCUAUUCUCCGCUCAGGGAUAGAACAUCAAGAGUCUCCAACUCUUAACUCUGGGUUUUAUUUUAUCGGCCGUAACCUGUAAAGUAUGACGAGGGUUUGAGUACUGCAACAGGGCUGGAAGAAUGGCAACCAGAUGAGCUGGAGACAAAAUCAUGCACAACUGGCACAUGUACACCAAGCUGGGUUACCUAUCACGAGUGAACACACCAGUUGUAGUAUUCAUACCCUCCUGAUAAGUAGCAUAGACCGGUGUGCAUGAUUUUGUCUCCAGUCAAUCAGGACUUGGAAUCAAUGGUAGCUGAGGUGAUGGUUUUAGCUCAAAGAGGAGCACAGUCUUGGCUUGAGAAUUUAGAUUUUGUUGUCAUAAAAUCUAGUAUAUUUUUAUUUAUGAGGAAAUAUUCCCCCUCAUGGCUGUAAAGGCUAUGAGGACGGAUUUUGUGAGGAUGAAAUUUGCUGAAAGACUUGAAAUCACUAAGGUUAUGUUUGGUUUGAAAAAAAAAAAGUAGGGAAAAAAAGGGAAAUUUAUACAAGAUUUGUAAAGGGUUUCUUAACUUUCGCUUCCUUUCCCAACUCUUUCCUUCAAACCAAAUACAGCCUAAAAAGACAAUAUAUAAUAAAAUAUAGGUAUAUCCUCUCUCCUCUCCAAUUCCCCUUGGAUAUAUUUGCACAAAUCCCUUGUUGACACUCUUGUCGUGAAUUGUGAUGUAAACUUUUAAGUCUUGAAAAGCCCGGCCCAGCCCAAGUCUUAGGGAGAUUAUUUACUUUGUUGGGCAAUGCUAAACAUAGGCAUUCGUUUUCUUGCAUGCAGCAUGACUCACAGGUGAUCGUACGCCGGAGCGGAUCUGAUGAGGUCUUAACUCCUAAAGAUACGAAUUCAUUUUAUUUACGGUCAUGGCAGCUAGCUUCCCUCUCAAACUCGGUAUUUCCCACCCUUCUCGGCAAUGCCGACCCCCAGCACCUAUAUCGGAAAACAGAGUUACGCACUCGAUUGUAAGUAUACCAUCUCCAAUUACUCAAAAUUCUUACGGAGUGCUCAGAGGAAAAUUUUCCGAAGCUGCUACCAUCCCUCAAACCAACCAAGAACAUCACACCCAAGAAUUGGUUGAUCUCUUACGCGAUUGCGCAAUAAAGGGGUCGCUCCGAGAAGGAAAAGCAAUCCAUGCCUUGCUGUUGAAGUCCGGCUUUGAUGUCGAAAAAUCAGUACUACUAUUUAAUCACGUGGUUCAUAUGUAUUCAAAAUGUUCUAAUUUUGACGCCGCUCGAAGGUUAUUUGAUGAAAUGCCUGAAAGAAACGUAUUUUCGUGGACAGUCAUGAUUGUGGGUUCGUCAGAGAAUGGUCUUUUCUUUGAUGGAAUUGGAUUUUUCUGUGAGAUGCUGCAGAAUGGAAUCCUACCGGACAAAUUUGCUUAUUCCGCUGUCAUCCACGCAUGUAUUGGGCUAGGAUGCGUUGAAUUUGGUGAAAUGGUGCAUGCUCAAAUUGCUAAGAGAGGCUUUUCUGCAUACGUUGUUGUCAGUACUUCUCUUCUUAACAUGUAUGCGAAGUUGGGAAAAAUUGACGACUCAGUUAGGGUAUUCAAUACCAUGACCGACCAUAAUGAAGUCUCAUGGAAUGCAAUGAUAUCGGGAUUAGUGUCAAAUGAUCUUCACAUGGAAGCCUUCAGUCAGUUUCUCAGAAUGAGAAGGGAAGGAUUUAAACCGACUACAUACACGUUUGCUAGUGUUUUGAAAGCAAUUGCAAAGCUGGGCGAUGUUGACAAGGGUAGAGAAGUACACAACUACGUUACUGAAUUGAGUAUGGAGUUCAAUAUUCUUGUGGGAACUGCACUCAUUGAUAUGUACUCAAAAUGUGGUUGUCUAUCUGAUGCAACAUCUAUUUUUGGAAAGAAUUUCUCAAACUGUGGAGUGAAUACACCAUGGAAUGCCAUGAUUUCAGGCUAUUCACAAGGUGGGUGUAGCGAAGAGGCUUUGCAACUCUUUAUUAGAAUGUGCCUGAAUGGUGUGGAACCGGACCCUUUUACUUAUGGUAGUGUUUUCAAUGCAAUCUCCACCUUGAAGUGUCUGCAGCUUGGGAAGGAAGUUCAUGGAAUGGUACUGAAGUCUGGGUACUGUUCAAGUGUUUUAAGUGUGAACAAUGCAAUUGUAGAUGCAUAUUCCAAGUGUGGUUCGCUUGAGGAUGCAAGAAAAGUGUUCGAGGGAAUGGAAGAGAGAGAUCUGGUGUCUUGGACAACCAUGUUGACUGCUUAUGCCCAAUGUUCAGAAGGGAAGGAAGCAUUAGACAUCUUCUCGCAGAUGAGAGAUGAAGGCUUCAAGCCCAAUGAGUUCACAUUUGCUAGUGUCCUUGUGGGAUGUGCUAGCCUUUGUUUGCUUGAAUAUGGUCGACAAGUUCAUUGCCUUCUUUGUAAGUCAGGUUUGGAUGAUCAUGAAUGCAUUGAGAGCGCUCUGAUCGACAUGUAUGCAAAAUGUGGUAGUAUAAUAGAGGCAGAGAAAGUUUUUGAGAAAAUCAUUAACCCCGAUGUUGUUUCAUGCACUGCAAUGAUAUCGGGCUAUGCUCAACAUGGUUCCACAAACAAAGCCAUUCAACUCUUCCAGAGGAUGGAAGAAAUGGGCAUCGAGGUUAAUUCCGUUACCCUUUUAUGUGUUCUGUUUGCUUGUAGUCAUGGAGGCAUGGUAGAGAAAGGGCUGCAUUAUUUUCAGUUAAUGGAGAAGAGAUAUGGUUUGGUGCCAGAGAUGGAACAUUAUGCCUGUGUAGUCGAUCUCUUGGGCCGUGUAGGCAACCUUGACAAGGCAAUGGAGUUCAUCAAUAAUAUGCCAAUUAAGCCAACGGACAUGGUUUGGCAGACAUUGUUAGGAGCCUGCAGGGUUCAUGGAAAUGUUGAAUUGGGUGAAAUAGCAGCCAAGAAAAUCAUCUCAGUUAGGCCGGAAUUUUCAGCAACUUACGUACUUUUGUCGAACACUUACAUUGAGAACGGUAGUUUAGAAGAUGGAGUUAGCCUGAGAAAUGCAAUGAAAGAGAGAGGGGUGAGGAAAGAACCGGGAUUUAGCUGGAUUUCUGUGAAAGGCAGAGUCCAUAAAUUCUUUGCAGGAGAUCAGCAACACCCUCAGAAAGAGGAUAUAUAUGCCAAGUUGGAAGAAUUGAGGGGCAAGAUGAAAACCAUGGGCUAUGUACCAGACUUCAGAUACGUACUGCAAGACCUGGACUGAGAGGCAGAAAGCAGUUUCCCUUGAACCUAUUUAUUUAGUUUCUAAUGGUGAUUUGGCAUGUCGUGGAAUAUGAUACUCAAUUCUCAAAUUUGAGCCCGUUUGGGACUUGGGAAGGCUAGAGGGCUUUGACGCAGCUGCUUCUGGCUUUGCGAGGUGGGCCCCAUACAGACAGCCUAUUCGCCAUGUUUGGCGAAAAACCGGCUGAACCCAAAAGCCAAAAUAACUGUCUGAAAGCCAAAAACAUGGUGGAUUUCCACUGAAGCUUGUUUUAGUGGUUUCUCCAAAGCAGCUCAGCCAACGUAUUUCUCAACCAACGCUUAGCCCUCCUAAACGGGCCCUGCAAGGACCACUUACACGAGUUGUCGAUUGUUUACAGCUUUUCAAGUCCGGGGGCUUAUAAAAGGAAAGAUUUUUCUCAA